GGCCAGUAUACUCUGAUUCAGCCGGACUCACCGGCUCAGUCAGGCGCGACCGCAGGACUGGUUCACUGGGGUUCAGACGUCCAGUGAUGGUGCGAGCUCCGGGUGUGGUUAUUCUGCUCUGCUCUCUCAUCACCACCUGUCUGGGACAGGUGCUGUGGCUCGGAGGCGGGGGAGUCGGUGGCAGCCGUGAUGCAGAGAUGCUGCCUCCAGGUUUUCCGAGGCAGGGAGGUGGACCCGGGGGCUCGUACCGUCCCAAAAGAGACUACGGUAGCAGCCCGCCGCCGCCGGCACCCAGGAGGACGCCUCGGCCCUCCCCUGCGGCGGCGGAGGGCAGCCAGACCGGCCGGGGGAGAGCCGCUGGGGACAGCCGUCCUGCCUUCUUCGGGGACGCCGAGGGAAGUGGAAGACCAGCUGCAGGGAGAGGUGGAGAUGUUCCUGUCACAGGCGGCCCAGAGAGACGUAAUACUGUUGUGAUCAGACAAAAUAGAGGCAGUGUUCCUGUUCAUACCGCUGCAAAAAGGAUUCCAGUCGUCGUCCAGGGAAGUGGCGGAAGGGUUCCAGUUACAGGCCGUAGAAGAGUUCCUGCGUUCGUUAUAAGGAAUGGAAGACGUAUUCCGGUUAUUGUUCGGAGAACAGAAGGAAAGAUUCCAGUUGUCAUACAGAGCGGAGCUCCGGAGCCCGACGGAGGUGUCGAUGACUCUCACAAUUGCCGAGAGGGGGACGGAGAAGACAGGGCGGCUCGCCGGCCCGGGACCACCGGCAGUGGCGCCGUCGACCGAGGGCCAGUCACAGGUCAGAGCGGCAGUGGAUCCUCCGGUAGGAGAAGGGUCAGCACCAAACCGCCGGUGCGGAAGAGGAAGGUCGGUGAACCCACAGUGGCCAGACGGAGAGCUGCUGAUAGGGACGCUGCUGCCAAGCCCACUAACCGUGCGGCUGGAGCUCGAACGCGAACUGUGGUGGUCAGACGCGUGCAGCGGCGCCGACCCGUGGUGGUGAGGAGGCGGUUCAUACAGAUCCCCUUCUACGUGGGUCGCCGCCGGAGGUCCCGGGGGACCCCAGCGUCUGGUGACGGCGGUAAAGGCUCGUCCCCGUCCAGCUCCACGCCGGCGGCGGGUCGGGCCGCUCCGACUCCGGCCGGUCCCAGGGUGUACCCGGUGGUGGUGCGCGCCGUCCCAGGAGGGGUGGUGCGCCGCGAGGGCUACUUUCCGUCAGUGAGCGCCAGCCGAGGGCGCGGCGGCAGCUCCCGCGGCAGCCCAGGGUCCGGUGUGGACGACGGAUUGGUGGAGAGGAAAGAGGCGGUGGUCAGCUCAGGAGGCGGCCGUUCCACGGCCGGCGGGCCUGCCGGCAAAAGGGGCAGCGGCGGCCUCUCGGGCCCGCGGGGCGUCUACCGCGGCAGCUACCCGCAGUACCUAGCCGGGGUCGGCGGUACAGCGAAGGGUGACCGGUCACACGACGGCGGCACCUCCGGUUCAGGAGAUACCGGUAAACGAGUGUCCGUCCGUCACCUUGUGACUCUGACGAAACAGCUAGCUGCUCGACAGCACACUGCACCACGGCGGCCGUCACAGCGCCGAGCAACUGAAGUGAUGCGACAAACCGGUGCACCGCGGCAGACCGGUGCACGGAGCGCCCGACCGGCGAAAUGGCGGCGAGUGGUGCGACUGGAAUAGUUUGUUUCCUUGUUUUUGUCAUUGUUUUAUUUUACAGACCGGAGUGAAGUGAACUGUGGAAUAGCGCCAGGAGUCAAACAGGAGUGAAACCUGACCUGCACGCUCAUGUGUCAGGCUGUCAAGUUUGACAGAAAGCCCGCAGGAGCCACGGUGGCUUUCAGGCCUCACUCGAGCGUUGGAGGCCCCCCUCGCUGGCCUGCCGUGCCGUAGUGUCGGAGGCUCCAUAGGCGGUCGCCCGCCUCCGCUGGAAGCUCUCAGUGGAACAGGAGCUCUUUGGACGGGUGCCCGCGUCCCGGAGCGCGCCUGGCCGGCGCGGCGGACGGCUGGCCCCCGCUGUGAAUUGUGCUUGUUUGCUUGUUCACCAAUGAGAAGUCGCGCGCCGCGUGCGAAUAUAAAUGAAUGGUGGAUUAUGGGAUAUCACAGAUAAGUGUGUUGCUUAAAUAGAAUGAUAUCGCCUCAUCGCGUUAAGAAAAUAAAAAUGUCAGGCAUUUCAAGAAUAGUGAAAGAUGAAUGCAAUUUAAUGUUUUCAAACUUCAUUAUCUGAUGUUAGUCAUUUUAAAAUGUUAUCGAUAACACACUUGGCAACAACAUUGGAAAAGCUAAAUGCCCAUUCCUCGUUUACCUUAUGCCGAUGUAUGUUUUUUUAGCGUAUGUAUGUAUGUAUGUAUGUAUGUAUGUAUGUAUUGACGAUCAAGAGCAAUCCACAAUCGGCGUGGCGAUUACACUCCGAGUCCGAGCUGGUUGAAGAUAACACAAGAAAUACCUACACAAGAAAACGCACACACUUACGGAUACGAAAUACACAACGCGAACGCCGAACACGCACAUACUUGGUGUAACCCGCACGAAGCCGCGUUCAUAACUAUGUACACACAGACUCGUUUGCCUUUCAUAGUCCAAGAGUCAUGAGGCUAGCUACUAUGGCUACUCUGGCUAGGCUUAAGCCCCUUUUUUACAGCACGGGCAAAUCUGGCUGGAGGCAACUGCGUUAGCUCGAGGGGGAGAGUAUUUAGGAGCGCCGCGGCACGGUAGGCGAAUCUACGUUUUCCGGUCUCUAGUCGGGGUCGCGGUAAGUGGAAAAGGUGGUCUUGGCGAGUAGACCUUGCUCGUGUUUGGGAAUUUUUGGAAAAAAGGGGCGCGAUCUCCUCGGGUUCACCUCUCUGGAUGGCCUUGUGCGCCGUGAUAAGGGUAUGGUAUUCAGCCAUUGAUUUAGGUGCCAUCCAGCCGAGUUGGUCCCGGAGAUGGGAGACAUGAUCAAAUUUACGGCGACCGAAAAUGACUCUGGCGGCAAAGUUAAGAAUAGCAGGUGAUUUCGUUAAGCGCUAAAUGCCCGCUGCUCCUCUGUGUUAAAGGCAUUUGAUAAGUAUUUUCGGCCCUGGGGCAUUCUUGUUUUACCAAUGUGAAGAUAUUCGUAAAAAAGACAUUCGUUAAUGUAAUGAUUCAAAUUCAGCAUCGGUUUCCUUAAAUACAACAGCAGUUUGGUAAUAAAUAUCACGUCACCUUAUAAACACCGCGCAUGAUUCCAAAACAAACGUUUUUUUGCGCAUUUAAUUUUAUUGUGAUCGACAUUCCGUGCACUUGAUUUUGUUGCUAAGCUGUUAUGAAACAACAAUUACGAACGUCCGUUCCGAUUCAACAAACAUGAAUACUUGUUUACGCAUAGAUUUAUUCAGGAAAUCACCAUUAAAGCAUAAACCACUUUUCAGUGACCACAAUCACAUUAAGUUUACUAAGGCCUAGGCCAGGCUAAAGUUAUUGAAAAACAAAUCAUUCUGAAGAAUUUCAAUAAAAUUAUCGAUGAUAACCAAAUACUAUAACUUUUACUUCAUAGCCACUGACGUAAUCAUUCCAUGUUUUCAAGGUCAUUAGUGUUGUGUCGUGAAUUUAGUUGCGCUGUUCAGUGUUCGUAUCAGCUGCGCCAGAAUUGUGCGAGGUUGCUUUGUUAUUUUUAGGGAAGACCCAAGUCGUGUCAGCGGAUUGCAAAUUCCGAACCGGCGCCAAGGUGAUUUGUAAAAUGUAGACGUUUCAUGCCCACGCGUUGUAGUCGUGCUUAGUUUCUUAUUUGAUAGGCACUACGAUUGUAAGAACGCUCACCGCCCUCUCGUCUCGUGUUUAGUCACCGGCAUCGGCCCACUACUAAGUCCGGGGUGGACUUCCGGUAAUGGCGGCGUAGGCGUUGGUCACGUGGGUUUUUGGCAUCUUGUUGUGCGGCGGCCAGAAUACAGGUCCGGCAGUUCCGGUGAUUGUUUUCGGCCGCCCGCCUCUCACGAGGCCACAGCGAAGAGGCAACACAACAAAGUGGCGACUGAGGACUUCGAACAGUGAUUUUUCACCAUGGAUUUCGCGGCGGCUCCCGCGCCGUUUUUGCCCACCGCUGGAGCUGAGCCGGCGAUUCCCUGGCCUCGGUGGGUCAGGAUGUUUGAGAACUUUUUGUGUGCGGUCGGAGGUGACGCUUUCCCUCCCGCACGUCGCCAAGCUGUCCUCCUGACUUGUCUAGGGACGGAGGGGCAGCGGGUGUUUGAGAAUCUGCCACCCAUGGAGAAGCUGGAAAGCGAGGACGACU